UACUUUGUCUCGUACGUUCGAUGGUUGACGACGCACGUAUUUGAUAUCUAGAGCCGGGAUCUAGAGUCACCACGGCGUUCUUUUCGCGCGUGUUACACAGUGGAGUCCGCAGGGGGUUGAGAGAGUUCUUCUGUAGAGGAUAUUGUGCAGGGUCUAGCUGGUUUGCUGUUAUGGCAGAGUUAGAACUGAAAAAUGAUAGUGACACUCCAGAAGCAAAGAAGGCAUUAAUUUCCCCAAAGAUAGGUACACACAAUGGAACUUUCCACUGCGAUGAAGCCUUAGCAUGCUUUAUGCUGAAACAGCUACCAGAAUACAGACUUGCUGAUAUUGUGCGGACUAGAAAUCAAGAGGAGCUGGCAAAGUGUGAUAUUGUUGUCGAUGUUGGUGGUGUUUAUGAAGCCGAUAAACAUCGUUAUGACCAUCAUCAACGGAGCUUUACAGGAUGCAUGAAGACACUCAGUCCAGGCAAGCCAUGGGUGACAAAGCUCAGCAGCGCAGGGCUCAUUUACCUCCAUUUUGGACAUCGGGUGAUCUCACAAGUCCUUAAGACCAAAGAAGACGACGAUGUCACCAAUAAAAUUUACAACAAAAUUUAUGAAAAUUUUAUUCAGGAAAUUGAUGCUAUUGACAAUGGAAUCAGUCAAAGUGAUGAGGAACCACGGUACAGCAUAACUACAAACCUCAGCUCUCGUGUGUCUCGGCUGAAUCCACGGUGGAAUGAUCCAAAUCCAGAUGCUGAGACACAGUUUAAAAAGGCUGUGAAUUUAGUUGGAGAAGAGCUGCUUAAUAGAAUUUGUUAUUACCGUGACUCCUGGCUUCCAGCAAGAAGUUUGGUGGAGGCUGCGAUAAUCAAAAGGAAAGAGGUCGAUCCAAGUGGAGAGAUUAUUGAGCUUGAGGGUGGUGGUUGUCCUUGGAAAGAACAUUUGUUUGAACUGGAGAAGGACUUGAAAAUUGAAGUGCCUAUUAAGUUUGUCAUAUAUUCAGACCAAAACAACAAGUGGAGAGUACAGUGUGUCUCCGUUCGUCCUGAUGCCUUUGAAAACAGACUUAGCUUGUUAGAAGAAUGGCGUGGUGUAAGAGAUGAAGCACUCAGUGCACUGAGUGGAAUCAAGGGGUGUAUAUUUGUUCAUGCUAGUGGAUUCAUUGGAGGAAAUGAGACACAAGAAGGAGCCCUUAACAUGGCCAGAAAAACUCUACGGCAUAGAGACAAUUUGUCAAAUGGAAAGAGUUUCACAGAUCCAGAGUUAAUACAAGUUGACAGCAAAGAGAUUUGACAAGGAAAUUGGUGUGUCAAAUGUGGCACAACGUAGGACAUAACUUUAUUAAGUCAUAGUGGAUUUCCAAAAUAAAUGUGACAGUGUUCAUGAAAGCAACUUUGCAAUUUUGAAAACUUUGCCUGCAUAGCUGGCAGGAAUUUUCUGCCGCUAAGUGCUUUGAUUUUGGCAGCUGAGCCAUAAAUGGGAGAACAAAGGUCUUUCAAGUAAAAUCCUGACUGCUACUUAAGUACAUGAAACUGAAUUUAAUGUCUGACCUGUCUGCUAGCAUCAUGCAAACAACUCCAGAGAUACUAAAAUAAACUUUUAGGUCACAACAGUUCAGUAAAGAUAGCUUGAGAAGGACCAUCCUUAAGGUGUAAGUCAUUUGGGUGAUAACAUGUAUGCGUAAAUCUCACAAAAAUAAAUCUACUUUUCAAUGUAAGCUAAGUUUGAAAAAUAUGUCUGACAUUGAAAAUGGUGGGCAUCUUGUGUGUUUCAUUUAAGUUAAUUUGUCUCUUUUAUACAUGCAAAUAAAUGAAAUGAAAAAAAUGCAUUGAAUACAUUAGGUGAGUUUUUAGGAAUGCUCUUCACUUGCAAAUGUUAUUUAAACUAAGGUAGUAUAAAAUUGAAACCACCACAGUUGACAUGUUUUGCUUUUCUUUUAAUGAUUUAUCUGUCCAAUGUCUUAAAUACUAUUCUACAAUGCAAGAUGUGAUGUACAUGUUACAUGUGACAUCACUUUCUCAUAAUGAGAAAAGAACAAGCCAUGCAACCCUUCCCUGCAAAGAAGGUUUCUUUACUCCAAUCUCAGGGGUUUCAUUAAGGGCUGGGCACUGGGUAAAUUGACUGGCUAUGAGGAUGAUUUCAAGUGGCUGGUUUGACCAUCUAGCGGAAAGUUUUAUCAUAAAGAACUUCAGGUCAAAUAGUUUUGCUUGCCCGUGAAAACCAGUUGACUAGCUAAACUUAUUUAAUGCUCCAAGUCUCGUAUGCAUUAGUCCUAGUGGCCAGUGAAUAGAUGUGUCAUUUCAAAUUUGAGUGAAAAGUUCAUAAUUUUUUCAGAGUUCAGUAAAUGUAUACCUGAAUGCUAGUUUAGAACCAAUGAUUGUGAGGAAAUUUUUGUUUCUUUGUGGCAAAUUUCAUGUCUUUAUUUAUUCCUUUGGUUGUGUGGGAAUUUGUAGUCACUUAUCUCAACCAUUACAGCUAAAGGCAUUGUAAUGUGAUGAAACUUGACAAUAAAAUAUUUCAACAAAUUUCCUACCUA